AUGUCUUCACUCCCAAAAUUUACCUUUCCAGAAAUAUUCGGUGGUAGUCAAAGCGGAAUCACAUCACCAAAAUCCCCUAUCUCGACUACGAAGCAGAUAGGGAAAGUGUCAAGUAAAUGCAUGUUCAUCGUGCAAGGUUGGUAGUCCCGAGUUCUUCUCAUCCUCAUCCUCAUCCUCAUCCCCUUAAGCAUUCUCAUUCAUUCCCGAAAUAUCAUACUAUCCCCUUCGAAGUCCCCAACAACAACAAUAAUAUCCAAGAACAUACUAACAACACCCCCAGAAUACAACUGUCCACACCACCCUCACCUCUCCUCUCCACAUCUCCUCCACCGCACUCCCUGCUGGGAAGCCCUGCUUCCUAGGGACCAACAAAAAGAAUGCGAGAAUUACACUCGUCGCGAUGGAAAAACGGUGCGAGUAGGACGGUAUGAGAAGGAGCGCGGAUGUAUGGAUUGCAAGGCGAUUGCACGAAAUGGGCGACGGAAGGAAGCUGCUAAGCACGCGGAGAUUGCUAGGAAGAUGAAGGAUUUGGAGCUCGGGGGCGAAAGCAUUGAGGAGACUAGGAAAGUCGUUGAUUGCUCGAGCUCAGAGGCAAUUGAUGGGGUAAUUGGGCAUAUUAAUGCUAGGACGGAGGAAGUUGCUGAGGAGGAGGUACUUGUGGGACUGGGAGCUGUGUUCAAGCAUGAAGAAAUCGAAAAUGAAGCUGAGGAGCUGAAAAACAAAGCAGAAAAGGAACAAUAUGCUCCGGUAUCAACAAAUGUCGCAGAAGCCAUACAAUCUCCUAUUUCUGUCCCAUCCCAAGCCAAUCCUUCCACAGGGCCACAUGCUAUGCAACAAGGGAGAGAGACCACUCCACCUACAACGCAAAAUCCAUAUGCGUAUCCCAAGCCAUCACGUGCACCAGGGACCGCAAGGGAAGAACAUGAACUUUUAUCCAACAUCCUCUAUUCACUCGACGAAGAGUUCGACGACGAAGAGUUCAACGAAGAGUUCAGCGAGGAGUUCUACGUAGACCUCGACGAAGAGUUCUACGAAGACCUCAACCAAGAACCCGAAAAACAAACCAAAAAUCCCUCCCCCUCCCGCUCCCUUUCCCCCUCCACCCACACCCCCACAAAUCACAACCACCAUCCCGGUCCCCAUCCAAUCCCAUCCCUCCCAUCUCUGCCACCAUCCCCAUCCCCAUCGCCAUUCCCAUCCCCAUCCAAACCCAACACAACCAACAACAACACAACCUCCAACACAACACCCCCCGAUGAAAUACCCCUCACCCCCGCACUCGCACCCGAAAUUCCAAAAACCACAACCACAGCCACCUCAAGCUCCAAAGAAGACGAAUGGGUUAUACUUGGGGGUUGGGAGACUUUAUUGUAG